UCAUGAUCUGUCAAGUAGUCUGUGUCAAUAUUUUAUUUUAAUCAUUUAGUUCAUGUAAAUUAUUUAUUAUUAAAUAUUUCUAAUUUGAUUCUAAAAAUGACCAGUAUUAAAUUUACCGAGCAGGCAUAUUGCAAAAUGAUUUUGCAUGCUUCUAAAUAUCCUCACUGUACUGUAAAUGGCAUCCUUUUAACUAAAUCAUCCUCAAAUAAUAAGGAAGUUGAAUUUGUUGAUUGUGUUCCUCUAUUUCACGUGUGCAUAAAUUUAACACCGAUGGCAGAAAUAGCAUUAAUGCAAAUUGAUGAAUAUGCUUCAAAAAAGAACUUAACUAUAGCGGGAUAUUAUGUAGCCCCCGAGAAUCCCAGGGAUACCAGUUUUGACAAAAUGUACAAUCGAAUAUCUGAUAAGAUUGCCUCGAAUUGUAGUCCUUCUUAUGUUGUCAUUGUGAACAGCACAGCCAAUACCAUUCAACGGGGUAAAAUAGCUCUAAAAGUAGGUCAGUACAAUGAUGGUAGUUUAAGGCAGUGUGACGACAUCAGUGUAUCAGAUGAUGCCAUGAAUGUGUGCAUAUCUGGACUUAAUGAUGCUUUGUAUGAAAAAUUAGUAGAUUUUGAUAACCAUCUUGAUGAUAUUUCAUUAGACUGGACCAAUAGUGAAUUGAAUAAGGAGAUUCAUUCCUUUUUAUGAGGACAGCUGCUAGGUUCAUUGAUUUUUUCUUCACAAAAAAAAAUUUUAAAUAGAUUCUAAAUACACAUUCCUAUACAGGUAUGCCUUUAUUGCAAAGUUCAACAAAUUUGACCUCUGCUAGUACCAUUUAUCAUUUUAUUUAUGUUUUGUAGAUAUGUAAAAGUUUGCGAUUUAUAUGUUGUUAAAAUAUCAUUUUAAAUACAGUAAUGAUUUAUAUGUUGAA